AUGAACACAGAUACUCCCUCUUUUCAUCACCCCUCAGACGCGCACUCGUCCCCUACGGACUCCAUCUCAUCUCCAUCCCCGAGCAGUUUAUUUCGUCCUAUUACUUCUUGCUUGCCCUGCCGUCAUCGCAAGGUCAAAUGCGACCGUCGCCAACCGCAGUGUUUGGUGUGUGAGCGAGGCGGUCAUGCUUGUUCGUAUGUACCGAAGCCGCAGUCGUCGGCUUUGCCUCCAGAGGCGAACCGCAUAACCAAACUCGGCAGCACCAGUGGCUCCAGGUUGUCUUCGUCGACACUGGCUCGAAUUAGUCCUGGUCUGCAGCGAUUGGCCAAUUUCAUGGCGCAAGCGAAAGCAUAUGAGGCAUCCUCAUCACAAAGUCCCUCCUCGUCGUCCCCGGAGUCCUUCACACCCACUUCGACAACACAACCGACAUCAGCAGCCAACACUUCCGCUCCUCCCCACAAUCCGCGAUCGGAGGAAGAUGCCCUCAUCCUCGAUAAUGGAGUACCACACUUUGUUUCUGGUAAACACUGGGCCUGGAUGGCAGCAGAGCUCCAAGACAUCCAAUCAGUUCUCACAGAAUCUCAAAAAUCUUCUUCCCCAGAAGGGACGCUUGACGAUGUCAUCUGGUGUGCCGAUUCCCCUGCAAAGGCACCACCUAACGGCACCAGCAACAACUUUUGGCCUGAUACCCGGGAAGAUUGCUAUUUGCUACUGAAUGCGUACCUAGCCAAUGUUGACCCGAUCGUUCGCAUUAUCCAUCGGCCGAGUUUGGCCCGUCGCUUCGACGCCUUCGUGCGCUCUCAAUACCCUGACAGUCGAGGAUAUAGCCAAACCCAAGGGGGAGGCAGCAACAGCGGUACCAGCCUCAGCCCUACCAAGGCGGACGCCUUCAAGCCACUGGCCAUGUCAAUCUUCUACGCGGCUCUCAACAGUAUAAAGGAUACAGACGUAGCCACCAUGUUCAGCAUGGACAAAGCCUCUCUCCUCAAUCGAUAUCGAAUGGGAACGGAGAUGCUUCUCAAGGGCCAGAAAUUCAUGACAUCAAGGAUCUUUGAGGUUCUGCAGGCAUUCGUGAUAUUGCUGACUGCGCAAUAUAGAGAAGAUGACAUGGGCAAAGUGUGGCCAUUAACAGGCCUGGUCAUUCGGAUGGCAAUGCUCCAGGGACUCCACAGGGACCCUCUAGCUUUACCGCUGGGGACGAUCGACGUUGUGCAGGUGGAGCUGCGCCGUCGCCUGUGGGCGCAGAUCUGCUAUCUGGAUUUCCGGGCCGCGGAAGAUCACGGCUUCGCGCCGUCGAUCCACGCAUCGGACUUCGACACGCGUCGACCCGUCAGUCUGGACGACGUGGAUCUGAUAGAAGGCGUGGCCCCCUUGGCCGGGCUCUCUGAUGCCCCUAAAUUCACCGAUAUGACCAUCUACCUCCUGCGUAUCACAGCCGCCGGUUACUACGGGCACAUCAUCCAGAUAACGCAUGCGUCGCGCAAGCGGUUGCAUAACGGCCGGCAUGGUUUGGCCGUUGACGAGUCCCAAGCCUUGAUGGAGCUGCAGGGACUGUUGCAGACCGCCACUGGGCUUGCAGGCGAGUUAGAGAGGAGUCUGGACGAGCUCGUUCGGUACUGCGAUAAGAGGGUGGUUAUGCAAUCAAUGGCCUUGGACCUUUGCCAGCACCUCAAGACCAAAUUCUGGGUCAUGUUCUGGAUGCAGAUCCCCCGACAGGAUCGCGAGAAGAUUAUAAGUCCCGCUAUGAGACGAACUAUAUUCAUCGAUGCUGCUACCGCCGUAGAAACUUGGUGCGCCAUCUCAUCGAGCCCGGCCUGCGAACCCUAUCAAUGGCACAUAACCUCGCACGCCGGCUUCUACCUCAUCCUCUACGUUCUCUCUGAGAUCCGGAGUCCCGCAUUUCAGGCUCCUGAGUGGGCGGAUCUUCGCCAACGUGGGCUUCAACUCGCUAACGCCAUCUACGAACUCCGCGGUCAGCAUACUACGGGCGCCUGGCCCGCAAUCAUUUGGUUAGCGAACCGUAUUCGGUUCCAACAGGAUCUGACUGGGGAUUCUGGGCCUGGGGUGGCUGCUGGCACUGUUGCCGCCGGUAAUGGUGUUGCUGGGCCCGGUGGUGCCUCGGAUAACCCGUCCAUGAUUAUGAGACCGGCUGGUCCUGCUGGUGCUGGGGGUGUUGAUGGUGCGCCCCAAAUGGGUACGGCGGGGGUGGACUUUGAUACACGAGAUCUCAUGGGGCUGAUCGAUUUAGAAGAAUUUAACUUUUCGGAUUUUAUCGUGAUGGAUGGGAUGGGGUUUCCGGGCUUUUCGCGGUGA